AUGAAGCUUCACUAUAACAACCCCAAUUUUCCUGAAUUAUUAAGUUCUACACGCCUUCAUAUGAUUCUACUUUUUACUAUAACCCUACUAUGCUUGCAACCUGCCACUCCUUCUGCCACUCCAACAAACGAGACUGAUCGUUUGGCUUUACUCAAAUUUAAAGAAUCCAUUGCUAAUGACCCAUAUGGAAUCUUGAUCUCAUGGAAUGAUUCUAUCCAGUUCUGCAACUGGCAUGGAAUUACAUGUGGCCAUCGCCAUCAAAGAGUCACAGCCCUAGAACUAGAAGGCCGAAAAUUGCAUGGAACCAUUACACCUUACAUUGGAAACCUCACCUUUCUUAGAGCUAUCAACCUCCAAAACAACAGCUUUUAUGGUGAAAUUCCAAAAGAAGUUGGUCAUUUGCUCCGACUGCGACAUCUCAAUCUUUCAAACAACACGUUGGGAGGAGAACUUCCAGCCAGCUUGAGCAACAUCUCUGAACUCAGGAUAAUGAACAUAAGGUGGAACAAACUUAUUGGGAAAAUUCCCAUGGAGCUUGGCUCUUUAACCAAGCUUUUAGUUCUUUGGGUCAAGUCUAACAAUUUGACAGGAGAAAUCCCACCUUUCUUGGGAAAUCUUUCGUUUCUUGAAUCUUUUUCGGCAACUUAUAAUAAUUUAGAGGGAAAUAUUCCAGAGAGCUUUGGCCGUUUGAAAAGCUUAUCAACUUUCGCCAUUGGAGCCAAUAAAUUGAACGGUACAAUCCCUUCCCCUCUCUACAAUAUAUCAUCUAUCAGCAUAUUGCUAAUUGCAGACAACCAACUUAGUGGUACUCUUCCAACAAACAUAGGCCUCACUCUCCCUAAUCUCCAAUUAUUUGAAAUAAGUCUCAAUAAAUUUUUUGGGCCAAUUCCUAUUUCUAUAUGCAAUGCAUCUCAACUUCGAAUAUUUGAAAUCGCAUAUAACAACUUCAUGGGAUCAGUUCCAACUAAUCUGGGAAAUCUACAAGAUCUGGUAGUACUAUCUCUAGGUAUAAAUCACCUAGGAAUGGAUUUAGAGUUUUUAACAUCUCUAAGAAAUUGUAGCAAAUUGGAAGAGCUGGUUUUAGGUGGAAACCAAUUUGAAGGUGUUUUGCCCAAUUCUAUAGGAAACUUGUCAACACAACUCAAUUCAUUAUAUGUUGAAGAGAAUCAAAUAUCUGGAACUAUCCCUGAAACAUUGGAGAAUCUUAUGAACUUAAUUGUCUUGUAUAUGGAUAUGAAUCUUUUCACAGGUGUGAUACCUAGUUAUAUUGGGAAGUUUCCGAAGAUGCAAAUAUUUUCUUUAUCGGGAAACAAUUUUUCAGGAAAAAUCCCAAACACCUUAGGGAAUCUCACUCAAUUGAUUCAACUCUAUUUGUCUCAAAACAACUUGGAGGGAAGCAUACCUUCAAGCCUUGGUAAUUGCCAAAAUUUGCAAAGUUUAGAUGUUUCACAAAAUUACCUCAGUGGAGUCAUACCCUGGCAAAUUUUUGAUCUUUAUUCCUUGUCACUAUUACUCAAUUUAGCACACAACUUAUUCAGUGGCAAAUUACCAGUUCAAGUAGGCAAUUUGAAAAAUAUAUAUUCACUUGAUCUCUCUGAAAACCAUUUAUUUGGUAAAAUUCCUGAGACAAUUGGAAGUUGCUUCAAAUUAGAUCACUUAUACUUGCAAGGCAAUUCCUUUGAAGGGGUCAUACCUUCAUCCAUGGCUUCCUUAAAAGGCCUUGAACAUUUAGAUCUUUCACGAAACAACUUGUCAGGGUUAAUUCCAAAGGGCCUAGAGAAACUUUUAUUUUUGAAAUAUUUGAACCUUUCAUUCAAUGAUAUUGAGGGUGAGCUACCAACAGAAGGAGUUUUCAGAAAUAUAAAUGCAAUAUCAGUUGUUGGAAACAAUAAACUUUGCGGGGGCAUUCCACAAUUGCAAUUGACAACAUGUCACACCGUUACAAAAUCGAGAAAGUCCUUUACUUUUGGAGUAACAAUCACAAUUAUUUGUGUGGUUGUAUGUAUCUUUCUAGUUGCAUCCUUUCUUGCACUUUAUUGGAGGAAAAGAUCAAAAAAGAAACCAUCUUCAAUAGACUCAAAGAUGGAACUCCUUCCAACAAUUUCAUACAAAAUGCUCCAUCAAGCGACUAAUGGAUUUUCUCCCAACAAUUUGAUUGGAUCUGGCAGUUUUGGAUCAGUAUAUAAAGGAGUUCUUGACCAAGAAGAAAGAUUAGUUGCUGUAAAGGUUCUUAACCUUCAAAACAAAGAUGCUUCGAAGAGUUUUAUGGCAGAAUGCAACGUAUUAAGAAACGUUCGGCAUCGAAAUCUUAUAAAGAUCUUAACAUGUUGCUCCAGUAUAAAUUAUAAUGGCGAUGAUUUCAAAGCUCUAGUUUUUCAAUUCAUGACAAAUGGGAGCUUGGACAUGUGGCUGCAUUCGAUAGAAAAUAGCGACAAUCAGUCAAAAAAUUUGAGUGUUCUUCAAAGACUAAUUAUUGCAAUUGACGUGGCAUUUGCUUUAAAUUAUCUUCACAAUCACUGUGAGCAAAAAAUCAUUCAUUGUGAUUUAAAGCCAAGCAAUAUUCUUCUUGAUAGUGAUAUGAUUGCUCAUGUAAGUGAUUUUGGCUUAUCAAGGCUCCUCACAACUUUGAAUGAUUCUUCCCAAACGUGUACUAGCACAAUUGGAUUAAAGGGAUCUAUUGGUUAUGUUGCUCCAGAGUAUGGCAUGGGUGGUGAGGCAUCAACUGAGGGGGAUGUAUACAGUUAUGGGGUUCUUUUAUUGGAAAUGUUUACAGGAAAGAGACCCACUGAUGAUAUGUUUAAAGAUGGUCUUGAUCUCCAUAACUUCGUUAAGAUGACCUUACCAAAAAGGCUCAUUCAAGUUGUUGACCCACUACUUUUGCCAAGAGAAGUUGAAGAAAUGGGAGUAGCAACUACAGCAAUGAUGGCAACAGAAGAAGAUGACAAUGAUAGUGAAAUUGUAGAAGAAGCUAAUAAUAUUGAGGACUCUAGGCAUAUUGAUGUUGACAUGCAAAAAUGCUUACUCUCAAUCCUUAAUAUUGGAAUCUUAUGUUCAUUGGAGUCUCCAAAAGAGAGAAUCAGUAUGGAGGAAGUCAUUAAGGAACUACAAUUGAUAAAAAGUACUUUUGUUAGUUUGGGGAUCCGCAGAGGUAGACCAAGUAAAGCUCAAAGGCCUGGAACAAGUAGAAGAGAUUAA